ACAAGGCAGUUGCAUUAGAGCAUCCCUAAAGGGUGGAGCUGGGAGGAAUUUUCAGAGCAGAGAGGAAAGAUUCGAUCAGUUGUGUUGCUGCCUAUUGCCGUGUCUCCUGAAUCUGCACACUUUACAACUGCUACUACAGACAGCAUCUUCUCGGUCAAUCUGUGCUUUUUGCCUGAAAAAUGGGAAUCAAAAACCAUCCGAUCACACUUCAAGGUUGCCUUCUCAUAUGGAUUGGGAUUUCACUAGUUCUUGUCAAAGAUACCACAGAAGUGGACAGUACUACAGAAGACCCUACCACGGAGAGUGUAUCAGCGACCCCAAUGAACGCUGCUGCAGAAAUAACUGCUCCAACAAUGGGGGAUAUGAAAUCUCCUCUUCCUACGUCCAACAGCUCACUGGCACCUGAUGACUUUCAUAACACCUGUCACUUAUAUUACUGCAUGGGAGACAGUUGUUACAAAAAUGAAUCUUCUUUUUCAAAUGCGGGUAACACAACAUGUCCUACUUAUUGUGAGAUGUACCGUCACAACAGCUCCUUUUAUGAAAGCAGGUGCAAUCAGCACUGCAUGCAUCACCUGUGCAACAGUACACAGCAAGAUGGAUGUGCACUAAACUGCUGCAAUCGAUCUAUGUGCUUCAGUGCAGAAGACAUGAAUGGAGGUAACAUGACUGCCAAGCCUCCAGUUACAUCCACCACUACAACUACCGUUACAACGACUACAACAACUAUUCUAUACAGUGAUAAGAAAUGCAGAUCAUUUACCUGCUCGGAGACAGACUGCUUUAAAAAUCAAGCUUCUGCAACAUUAAAGCAAUGUCAGGUUGGGAUAAACCACUGUGAGUUACAGAAAAAAGUGACGAAUGGUGCUAUCUCUUACGAAGGAGGUUGCAGUAACACUUGUGCCACCAGCACUAAAUCUUGCGCUACCAUCACCAGUGGUGACUGUUUCCAGGAAUGCUGCAAUUCUACAACCACUGGAUGCUGCAUGAAAUUGGAUGGACAGGUGCAUUUCAAUGCUGCCACUCAAAUCCACAACGGUUCCGUCCUCAGAAUGUUCAUUUGUGCUUUCAUUGUUAUCUUUCUCUCGCACUACUUUUCUUCUUCACAUGUAUAAGUCAGUCACUGAAUAAAGAAAGAUCUGUAAUGUGACCUCUAUCACUCACACAAACAUCUUUUAUGUUAACAUAAAGACAUUAUUGGGUUGAAAAAGAUAUAUACUUAUACCUCCAGAGAAAUAUAACAGGUAUAUGCAUUAAAAACUGAUGUAUGAAUCAUUACUGUAAAAUUUGUAACUAGUGUAAGAAUUUUUAUUAUCCUACCAAUUGCAUUCUUUUAGUAUAAUGAUGUUCUUAGCCGUGUGAUAUUGGUACCACAAUCUGGAAUUAAAAUUGCCCUAAAAGGGCCAGCCUUCCAAAAACUUAUAAUAGGAGUGGAUGCUGGUGGUAGGCUGAAUCAUCCCACUGGCUUCGAUUACCACUGUGUGAUUCCAAAGACUAGAACUCACCACUAAAUAUUUUCUAGAGAGCUAGAACUAUUUCCCCCCCACCCGAUCUUACUACCAUCCACUGUAGGGCAAAA